AUGGAAAAGGCUUUGAAGGAAGGAAUACGACAGAAAGUGGAGCUAGCAACAAAGUUUGGAAUUAGACCUGUGGAUGGAAAGCGGGAGAUUUGUGGUGAUCCGGCAUAUGUAAGGGCUGCUUGUGAGGGUAGCUUGAAAAGACUUGGAGUUGACAGCAUUGAUCUCUACUAUCAGCAUCGCAUCGAUACAAGUCUGCCCAUCGAAGUCACGAUAGGAGAACUUAAAAAACUGGUUGAAGAGGGUAAAAUCAAGUAUAUAGGUCUAUCUGAGGCCUCAGCUUCAACAAUCAAAAGAGCACAUGCUGUUCAUCCAAUAACGGCUGUACAGUUGGAGUGGUCAUUGUGGACAAGAGAUGUAGAGGAAGAGAUUAUUCCUACUUGCAGAGAACUUGGCAUAGGAAUUGUAGCAUACAGUCCACUUGGACGAGGAUUCUUCUCAUCAGGUCCAACGCUGAUUGAGAAUUUUUCUGAAGGUGAUUUCCGUAAGAAUUUGCCGAGGUUUCAAUCAGAGAAUAUGGAGCAUAACAAGAACAUGUACGAGCGUGUCAAUGUCAUUGCUUCAAAGAAGGGUUGUACCCCAUCACAGCUAGCAUUGGCCUGGGUGCAUCAUCAGGGAAACGAUGUUUGUCCCAUUCCUGGCACCACCAAGAUUGAAAACCUCAAUCAGAAUAUAGGAGCUUUGUCUGUAAAACUGUCUGCAGAAGAUAUGGCUGAACUGGAAUCCAUUGCUUCAGCUGGAAUCAAGGGUGACAGACUUCCCCCUGGCUUUGAUAGUUGGAAAACCUCCGAUACUCCACCUCUGUCAACGUGGAAGGCCACAUGAAUACUGCCUUUGUUAUGCUAAUAAUUCAUGUAGCUGUCUAUCUGAAUAAUGCAUUUUCACUGUUGUUGAGGGUGAGUGAAUUGUAACUGUUCCAAUAAACUGCAACCUAAGUGACAGUGUUCUGUUGAGGGUUGAUUUAUUUUAGAGUUAUCUUAUACAAGGUAAAGAACUAAAUAUAGAGGUUGUAAUGGAUAGAAAUCUGGUAAUGUAAAAAAAUUUCUGGCUGGUCUUUUC